AUGUCCAUAUUAAUCAGCCAUAAAAACGCACCAAUACGUUUCAUUCUUGAUCGUCCAUCAUCACUCAAUAAUAACAUUGAUAACGAUGUAUCAGUAAUUUAUUGUCAAAUAUCAUCGAAUUUCUAUUUUUACACUGCUUUACUCAGCGAGCUAGCGUCGUCAUCGCAGUUUGGCAAAGUAUUUUAUGAACUUCUCAUCAAACUCAACGACAGGCCACGUUCACUAUUGAAUCGAAAGCGUCUAAAUAAUAUUUUUAGUUCUAUUCAUCAUCGUCAAAAUAGUAUUUAUUUACAAGUUCAUAAUAAAAUUAAUCAAUACGACGAAUGGAUUAAUCGUACUUGGGCAUCGAUUCAUUUGAAUGUUUUAACUAAACGUGUUCGAUAUGAAUCAUCAUGGGCAUGGUUAUCAACAUUGGGUGGUGGUCAUUCAUGUCUUGGUGAAGAAUCUGCACGGCACGCCAAGGAAGCUGAAGCGAUAUCAAAAAAUCAAAUAUGUUUAUCAACUGAAGUUGGUGAUCCGAAUGCCCUAGUCAAAUCAUAUCUAUUUCUUUCAUUAAGUUAUUUACAACAAAAACGUUAUGAUGAAGUUCGAAUUAUACUCCGAUUUCAGUAUCGCCGUAUUCAACAAAAGGAUAUUACCGAUGAACGUUUACCAAUUAUGUGUAUUGCACUAUGGAAAAAAAUGAAAUAUGCAAUUAAAAGAGAUAAAACCCUUGAUCAAUAA